AUGAAGCAUUUAUUCCUCCCUGUGGCUUCAGUUCUGGUGUGUUUAGUGCUGCUUGUUCCAGUGACAGCGAAGAACGCUGAAGAUAUUCGCUGCAAAUGCAUCUGUCCGCCGUACAAAGACAUAGAAGGACAAAUCUACAAGCAAAAUGUUUCUCUGAAAGACUGCAAUUGUCUCCAUGUAGUUGAACCCAUGCCUGUUGAUGGCAAAGAUGUGGAGGCUUAUUGUCUACUGUGUGAAUGCAAAUAUGAGGAAAGAAGCUCUGGGACAAUCAAGUUCACCAUCAUUAUGUACCUAUCCAUAUUGGGCUUACUGCUGCUCUACAUGGUGUAUCUGACUCUUCUGGAGCCCAUGUUGAAGAGACGACUCUUUGGACAUUCUCAGCUCAUUCAAAGUGACGACGAUGUUCCAGUGGGGGAUCAGCAGCCAUUUGCCAACGCACACAAUGUGUUGUCACGGUCACACUCAAGGCCCAACAUGCUGAACAAAGUGGAGCAUGCUCAGCAGCGCUGGAGGAAGCAGGUCCAGGAGCAGCGGAAGUCUGUGUUCGACCGUCAUGUCGUCCUCAGUUAA